CGGACAAGGUAAUUUUAUUAUUAUUUUCUUAACGUUUGAUUUGUACUCUGUUAAUUAUUCCAUUUUUUUUCCUUUAGCAUCAAUAGCGCUCAAUAAAUCUACCGUAAAACUGGUGUUAGAGAGCAACGGAUUUGCUAUUUCAACGGAUAUAACUCUUCGUGCUCUUAAAAAUGAGCUUUUUAUGGUACUAGAUAUGGAUGAAAUUUGGACACAGCCCAACCCCACCAUCUCCAUCAAUGACAACAGCGUGGAUUGGAACUCCAUUGAAUAAUGUGAUUAUCCCCUCAUCAGGACCUUUGCUGAUGGCGUUUGAUCUGGACGAUAGCCAAAUGUAUUACGUGUUUGCCAAUCAGGCUAGAUUAACAGAGGGCACGAAUGAUGCCAAACAAGCCAUAUGUGAUUUAGUCAUGGUUCAUUAUGUACAUAACUUCAUGUACAUGAAGGAAGGUUCAAAGUUUAUGGAAUUCAUACAGCAAUACUUUUUUAAAAUUAUUCCACAAAGUGGCUCAAAAAGUCAAGCGGUUCGCGUUCUAAAGCAACAGCGCUUAGUAAAGAGACUGAUCGACAAUUUAACCGACCACAUGACAUGCUAA